AUGCUAGAACUUUUCAGUGACGUGUACGAGAGGCAUGUAUCGAGCAUUCGCAGCGUCUUUCUGAGCAGAAUACUAGAAUCUCUCCGUUACUUGCUCGUGAGUCGAGUAUCGAGCGGUCGCAGCGUCUCUGAUCAAAAUUCUAGAAAGUCCAUGGUACAAUGCGACAUGCACGACGAUCGAGUACUCAACGUUUAUAGCGGCUCGAAGAACAAAAAAGAAAUAGGCGAACUCGUGCAAGGAAUUGAC